GUGGGGCCGGCGGAGGGAGGGGCGGGGCCUGGGCCGGGCGCUAGGGCGGCGGAGGCUGCGGGUGCCUUGGGCGCCCGCUUGGCUCUAGGUCGUGUCGGUCUGCUCUGGUCGGGGGCGGCUCACCUCGCAGCCGAGCUGCCGGCCUUCGGGGACUGCAGACAGGCCACAACGCCCGCCCGGAGAAGCGAUGGAUGUCACCAGAGCCAGCUGGGACUCUGCCUGUGUCUGGCGCUCCGUGUAAGCACAGGACCGCCUUGCAGCCCGGCUGGCCCUGCCUGUCAUGGCCACACGGUGGGGACCCAGGGCAACCAGGCCCAGCCCCCAGAGGCUAAGCCAGGCCUCCUGGCUGCGGUCCACAGGGGCGCCCCGGCUCCCAGGCCCCUCUCAGAGCCUCAGCGACUGAUGCCAUGGGAGAAGCCCCUGCCCAGCUGCCCGCUUGCCUGGCGCUGCCCGCUCCGAGACUCAGGCCCUGGGUCCUCCCAGAGGCGGCGUCGCCCCUGUGAGCCUCUCCCCGGGCCCCUGACGCUGAGAAGGCCCUGCCCACCCCCACUAUGUGCGAGGUGAUGCCCACAAUCAACGAGGGGGACCCCCUGGGUCCCCCACACGGCGCCGAUGCUGACGCCAACUUCGAGCAGCUGAUGGUGAACAUGCUGGACGAGCGAGAGAGGCUGCUGGAGUCCCUGCGGGAGAGCCAGGAGACCUUGGCCGCCACGCAGGGCCGGCUCCAAGAUGCACUGCACGAGCGGGACCAGCUCCAGCGCCACCUUAACUCCGCCCUCCCCCAGGAAUUUGCCACCUUAACCCGGGAGCUGAGCAUGUGUCGGGAGCAGCUUCUGGAGCGGGAGGAAGAGAUUUCGGAGCUGAAAGCAGAGCGGAACAACACCAGGCUGCUUCUGGAACAUCUGGAAUGCCUGGUGUCCCGGCAUGAGCGGUCCCUGCGGGUGACCGUGGUGAAGCGCCAGGCGCAGUCGCCUUCGGGCGUGUCCAGCGAGGUGGAGGUGCUGAAGGCCCUCAAGUCGCUGUUUGAGCACCACAAGGCCCUGGAUGAGAAGGUGCGGGAGCGGCUCCGGGCAGCCCUGGAGCGAGUGACGACCUUGGAGGAGCAGCUGGCAGGAGCCCACCAGCAGGUGUCCGCCCUGCAGCAGGGGGCAGGGGUCCGGGAUGGAGCUGCAGAAGAGGAGGGGAUGGCAGACAUGGGGCCGAAGCGCCUGUGGAAGGAUGGCGUGGGCCGGGUGGAGGAGCUGCAGGAGCUCCUGGAGAAGCAGAACUUUGAGCUGAGCCAGGCCCGGGAGCGACUGGUCACCCUGACCGCAACCGUGGCUGAACUUGAGGAGGACCUGGGCACAGCCCGCCGGGACCUCAUCAAGUCGGAGGAGCUGAGCGGCAAGCACCAGCGGGACCUGCGGGAGGCUCUGGCCCAGAAAGAGGACAUGGAGGAGCGAAUCACCACGCUGGAGAAGCGCUACCUGGCUGCUCAGCGGGAGGCCACGUCCAUCCACGACCUCAACGACAAACUGGAAAACGAGCUGGCCAACAAGGAGUCCCUGCACCGCCAGUGUGAGGAGAAGGCCCGGCACCUGCAGGAGCUGCUGGAGGUGGCCGAGCAGAGGCUGCAGCAGACAAUGCGCAAGGCGGAGACGCUGCCAGAAGUGGAGGCUGAGCUGGCCCAGAGGGUUGCAGCCCUCACCAAGGCUGAAGAGCGGCACGGCAACAUCGAGGAACACCUGCGGCAGCUGGAGGGCCAGCUGGAGGAGAAGAACCAGGAGCUGGCCCGGGUGCGCCAGCGGGAGAAGAUGAAUGAGGACCACAACAAGCGGCUGUCCGACACCGUGGACCGGCUCCUGAGCGAGUCCAACGAGCGCCUGCAGCUCCACCUCAAGGAGCGCAUGGCGGCCUUGGAAGAGAAGAACUCGCUGAUCCAGGAGUUGGAGAGCUCCCAGCGGCAGAUUGAGGAACAGCACCACCACAAGGGCCGCCUGUCCGAAGAGAUUGAGAAGCUGCGCCAAGAGGUGGACCAGCUGAAGGGUCGAGGGGGGCCGUUUGUGGAUGGCAUCCACUCCAGGUCACACAUGGGCAGCGCAGCGGACGUGCGCUUCUCCCUGACCACAGCCACCCACGCGCCCCCGGGGCUGCAUCGCCACUACUCGGCGCUGAGGGAAGAGCCGGCCAAGGACUGGGAGCCACCUUCACUUCCAGGGGUGCUGGCCCCCACGGCCACCCCUGCCUUUGACAGUGACCCUGAGAUCUCCGACGUGGAUGAGGAGGAGCCAGGGGGUCUGGUGGGCUCCGUGGACGUCGUCUCCCCCAGCGGCCACUCAGAUGCCCAGACCUUGGCCAUGAUGCUGCAGGAGCAGCUGGAUGCCAUCAACGAGGAGAUCAGGAUGAUCCAGGAGGAGAAGGAGUCCACGGAGCUUCGGGCCGAGGAGAUUGAGACGCGCGUGACCAGUGGCAGCAUGGAGGCCCUGAACCUGACGCAGCUGCGCAAGAGGGGCUCCAUCCCCACCUCUCUGACCGCCCUGUCCCUGGCCAGUGCGUCCCCCCCGCUCAGCGGCCGCUCCACACCCAAGCUCAGCUCCCGCAGCGCUGCCCAGGACCUGGACCGAAUGGGGGUCAUGACCCUGCCCAGUGACCUAAGAAAGCAUAGGAGGAAGCUGCUGUCGCCAGUGUCUCGGGAAGAGAACCGAGAGGAUAAAGCCACCAUAAAAUGUGAGACUUCUCCUCCUUCCUCACCCAGGACGCUGCGGCUGGAGAGGCUGGGCCACCCCGCCCUGAGCCAGGAAGAAGGCAAGAGCGCCUUGGAGGACCAGGGCAGCAACCCCAGCAGCAGCAACAGCAGCCAGGACUCGCUGCACAAGGGCGCCAAGCGCAAGGGCAUCAAGUCGUCCAUCGGCCGCCUGUUUGGGAAGAAGGAGAAGGGCAGGCUGAUCCAGCUGAGUCGGGAUGGAGCCACGGGCCAUGUCCUGCUCACGGACCCCGAGCUCAGCCUGCAGGAACCCAUGGUGCCUGCCAAGCUGGGGACCCAGGCAGAGAAGGACCGGCGGCUGAGGAAAAAACACCAGCUGCUUGAAGAUGCCCGCAGGAAAGGGACGCCCUUCGCCCAGUGGGACGGCCCCACCGUGGUCUCCUGGCUGGAGCUCUGGGUGGGGAUGCCUGCCUGGUACGUGGCAGCCUGCCGGGCCAACGUCAAGAGCGGCGCCAUCAUGUCCGCCUUGUCGGACACGGAGAUCCAGCGGGAGAUCGGCAUCAGCAACGCCCUGCACCGGCUCAAACUGCGGCUGGCCAUCCAGGAGAUGGUGUCCCUGACCAGCCCCUCCGCCCCGCCCACCUCCAGGACGUCUUCUGGGAAUGUCUGGGUCACCCAUGAAGAGAUGGAAACUCUGGCAACAUCCCCUAAAACAGACAGUGAGGAGGGCAGCUGGGCCCAGACCCUGGCCUACGGGGACAUGAACCACGAGUGGAUUGGCAACGAGUGGCUGCCCAGCCUGGGGCUCCCGCAGUACCGGAGCUACUUCAUGGAGUGCCUGGUGGACGCCCGCAUGCUGGACCACCUCACCAAGAAGGACCUGCGGGUGCACCUGAAGAUGGUGGACAGCUUCCAUCGGACCAGUCUGCAGUAUGGCAUCAUGUGUCUGAAGCGGCUCAAUUACGACCGCAAGGAGCUGGAGAAGAGGCGGGAGGAGAGCCAGCACGAGGUCAAGGAUGUGCUGGUCUGGACCAAUGACCAGGUGGUUCACUGGGUCCAGUCCAUCGGACUUCGGGACUACGCCGGGAACCUGCGCGAGAGCGGUGUGCACGGCGCGCUGCUGGCCCUGGACGAGAACUUCGACCACAACACGCUGGCCCUGGUCCUCCAGAUCCCCACGCAGAACACCCAGGCACGCCAGGUGAUGGAGAGAGAAUUCAACAACCUGUUGGCUUUGGGCACAGACCGGAAGCUGGACGAUGGCGAGGACAAGGUGUUCCGCCGCGCGCCCUCCUGGCGGAAGCGCUUCCGGCCGCGGGACCACCACGGCGGCGUGCUCAGCGCCUCGGCGGAGACCCUCCCGGCGGGCUUCCGCGUGUCCACGCUCGGGCCCUUGCAACCCCCGCCGGCGCCGCCCAAGAAGAUCAUGCCCGAAGCCGGGACGGCGGGGGCGCAGAGACUGGAGACCUCCACGGUGCGGACCUACUCCUGCUGACCCCCCAGCCUCCCGCCCCGGGUCUGACGGGGGUGUGCCCGUGGCUCGGGCUCACUCCCACUAUCUCUAUGGACACAUGCUCUCUGCCUUCCGGGACUAGCGGCCGGGGUGUCAUGGACUGGGCCGGCCCUCGCCUCUCCUGCUCCUGCCCCGUCCUCUGCAGCUCCGUCUGGUCCAUGGCAUGCCAUUGCCCCGGAUCUCAGAACAUACCAGUCCACCCCCUUGGCAUCCUGUCACCCCGAGUGCCACCCAAGUCCUUUGUAAGUCUCCAGGGGAUGAGGCUGGGGUCUCCUGGCGGUGUAGAGGCCCUGGGAGUCCCUGCGUGGGACCCUGGAGCACCCGAGGAAGGGCAGCCCCAGAUGGAUGUGACUCCCCCUCUUCUGGACCCAGCCUGGGCUGCAGUGGACCCUGGGCCAGGGAAGGGAGAGGCCUUCUGGGAAAGGACGCCCGGGCUCUGAUCUGCUUGGGCCUUUUGGCCUUGUGGUUCCUGGCCCCUUGGAUGGAGAUGGGGAAGCUCAGAGCCCGCUGCCUGGUGGGUGUAGAGGCAGGCCAGCUGGAGGGAGAGCAGUGGCCCAAGAGGUCAUGGCAGUGAGCCCUGUUGCAGCCGUAGGGGGGGCUCCUAGGGGCUGUUGGGUGUGGAACUUGGCUUUGGGGCAGGACAGGUCUGACCUGGUGCUUGCUGGCUCUGUUCCCAGCGUCCCUCCCCCUCCUCACUUCUUUAGUAAUCGUAGCCCUUCCGAGGGAACCUGAUGCAUGGGUUCCGUAUACAUUGACCCUAAAAUCAGGUGUGGGAGAAAGACGAUCAGACUGCCCUUCUUCAGCCAGUCACGUCCAGGCCCUGGAGGUCCAAAGCUGGUGAGGGCUGCCAUUCCCUUGCUUGUCCCCCAGUUGGGCUCUUGGUGUGUCCGGAAGCCACUGAGCUUGCCCAGCCCCCAUCUGCUCCGUUGCUUUCCCCGUAGCCUGGUGGGAGCCCAAGAGCAUGAGAGGUUCGGGCAGCAGGAAUUCAGUUCCCAGUCAGUCCCCCUGUCUCACCCGCUCCUCGUCCUUCCCAGCAUCCAAGUUCAGGGUCGGUUGGUGGGGCCCAGAGUGAGAGGGGAGCAAGGAGAAACGCCUGGACCAGCGUGGUCUCGCCCACCCCACGGGGCCUGAGCAGCUGGUGUGCAGCACUGCCACCUUGUGCUCCGAGGGGAGACAGAGCACCCUGUGCGGGAGGAACCACGGAGCCUGGGGCUGUGUCAGGGCACUGUGGCCUCUUCCACCUGUCCACGGAGGAGAGGUGGACCACAGAGGGGCCUUGCUCCUAGGCUUGGGUAAGGCAGCCACCUGCCCUUGCCCUUCUCCUGUGUCCUGCCCCGGCUGCCCCAGGCUACUGGGAAGGAGUUGCUGAGAGUAAGUGGAAUGGGGACAGAUGACCCCUGUCCCCGGGCAGUGGCUGCUAAGGGUCCCUGAGACUGGCAGAGGGAAGCGCUAGAUGGCCAUCUGCCCCCAGGUGAGAGAUGAGCCCUGUCUCCGGCCAUCACGUAAGUCAGCAGCAGGGGCAACCGGGUCCGUUUGGGGCCCCUUGGGAGGCACUGCAGGGAAGUUGGCGCCUGCCGGGUGGAGGGUUGCUGCCUCGUGAGUCCCUUGUCUCAUAGUCAAGCUGGUUUUUCCUCUGGAGAGUUGCCAGUGUCCCGAGCCUUCCCCACGGCCUCCCGUGUCUCAUCAGGUCCCUUCCCAGUACUGUAUUAGCUCCGUGCGUCAGGAGUGGGGUGCGGGGGAGAGCGGGGAUGUGUAUGUACCAAUAAACAAACCUGAUUUUAAGACAACAUA